CAUACCUCCUGUGAGGUCACAAAAGCCAGGGUGGAUCCCAUGGCUAGGGCUCUGGCACCGUCUUUGCUGGGGCAUCUUUCCUCUUCCAGGGCGUCCUGCUGGAACAGGCAGGGGGCAGCAGCUGCCCUAUCCCUUCAGGGCCUGAUUAAGACAGUUCUCUGGGCUUAUGACAACUGGAUCCCCUUGAUUCUGUGACCAGAGCACCCGUUUUGGGCACCUUUCCACUGCGUGUUCCUGGGCCUGUGUGAGCUAUCUUUUAUUCGAAGAUAUCCUGGAUGGGACUCUCAGCUCUGUUACUGGUUUCCACAUGUCUAUCCCCAAACACAAACAUCUAUGGUCGCCAUAUAUUUAGAUGGAAGAGUGAAAGGCAUUUUGAAAAUAAAUGUCACACACUGCAAAGGAAAAAUGUGCUCCCAGCAAGAGACAGAACUUUCUCCAUGAUCUAGGCAAGAACAUGAGCCGUCACUACACAAAUAACAACUGCUCGUUCGACGAUGUGGAUAAGCUGAUGAGUGCCUUGCAGCUGGCAGUCCACAUCCCCACCUUCCUCCUGGGCCUGGUCCUUAAUCUCUUGGCAAUCCGAGGCUUCAGCGCCUUCCUUAAGAGAAAGAAGCAGCCAGAAUACACUGCCACUUCCAUCUACAUGAUUAACUUGGCUGUCUUUGACUUACUGCUUGUGCUCUCACUACCAUUCAAGAUGGUGCUGCCGCAAGUGGAGACCUCCUCCCAAGCUUUCUGCACUCUGGUGGAGUGCCUCUACUUCAUCAGCAUGUACGGGAGUGUCUUCACCAUCUGCUUCAUCAGCCUGGACCGGUUCCUAGCCAUCCAGUACCCAAUCCUGGUCAGCCACCUCCGGUCCCCCAGGAAAACCUUUGGGAUCUGCUGCAUCCUCUGGAUCCUGGUGUGGAUCGGAAGCACCCCCAUCUAUACUUUCCAUGGGGAAAUGGAUAAAUACAAGUGCUUCCACAACAUGUCUGACGGCACCUGGAGUGCCAAGGUCUUCCUCCCCCUGGAGAUCUUUGGCUUCCUGCUUCCCAUGGGCAUCAUGGGCUUUUGUUCCUAUAGGAGUAUUCACAUUCUGCUGGGCCGUCGGGCCUACACCCAGGACUGGGUCCGACAGAGAGCAUGCGUCUGGACCAUCGCUACCAACCUUGUCAUCUUCGUGGUCUCCUUUCUCCCAGUGCACUUGGGUUUCUUCCUGCAGUUCCUGGUGAGGAAUGGCUUCAUAGCAGAGUGCAGAGUUAAGCAGAACAUCAGCUUGUUCCUGCAACUGUCCCUGUGCUUCUCCAACAUCAAUUGCUGCCUUGAUGUUUUCUGCUAUUACUUCGUCAUCAAAGAAUUCCGCAUGGGCAUCAAGGCCCACCGGCCUUCCACAGUCCAGCUGGUCCACCAGGACACCAUGAUCUCCAGGGGUUAAGGGACGGUAACCCUCUCAAGGGAAGGAGAUCCUAGUCCCAAAUUUUCAUAAGGAGCACCCCGUGCUUCUUUGACACUUGCUGAGUUACAUCUUUGUUCUGUGUACCCCUAAGACCGGUCCACGGCACCUGGAUGGCUGACAUAUAUCACCUUUGGUCUGGGUUUGCUAAAGAACCAGGUGAUUUCAUUUCUAAGUUCAAAAUGUAUGAAGCAGAAGAAACGAGCAAGGAAACGUAGCUUUAGCCAUUUGUUUCUCAGCUUUGCAUUCUGUUGGAAGAGUCUAAAAAGGAAGAGAGAGAUGGAGAAUGGAUUAGGGCGAGGAAUCAAGAGCAUUUUGGUAGAGAUCUAGGGAUAGGGAGAUCUUGUUCAAGAUAGAACAAGCUUGUACUUUUUUUCCAGACCCUUCUGAAGCUCUGUUCGCAAUGACCUCACAGAAAUGAUGACCAAGAGGGCUUUUAAGGGCUGAACAAAUUCCUUUCCAGUCCUAAAAGACACAAGAGGCCAUCCAAACCUCAAGCCCCUGAGAAGGAUUAGAUGGAGGGAGGGGGCUAUGUGAAGCAGGUCAUGGGGAAACAGGAGACACUGUGGGGCCAAUUGGGACAGAGUGGGAAGGAUACAGAGUGAAAGGGACCAGAAUAUACCCAGGGAAGGAAAGAGACACACCGGAGCUGGAACUGGAUGCCUCCUCCCCUAGUACCCCUUAGUGCUGUCCCAGGACUAAGCCAAAAAAUAUAGCUCUCUCGGAGGUGACCAGUCUUCUUUCUUGAACAGCCUUGAAGUAGUUCAUUAGACCUGUGUGAAGGGGCCGAGAAAGGAUUGGUCUUAACUUGGUUCAGCCAUAGCACAAUGAAGAAGGUGUCCCUUUUGGGUCCUGGUUGGACAACCGGUGACACUGUCUAGGGAGCUGGGCAGGAACUGGAUGGGAGGGGGUGACUUUCUUCAUUGGCCACACAAAGGAUUGGAGGACAGUAGUAGAUGCUCGCCAGCCCUGGAGGGAAACUACAGACAGCUGAAGCAGUGUGGGAGCCUUCCCCGGCUCUUCUCACCCUGGCAGAGGAGCUCACAGUGACAGCCGAAGGCCGAGCUUGCGAUGACUCAGCUGUUCCAGAGAGUGAAAUGAUUAGAAGGACAAAUUGUGGGGUGUUUUUGCAAGACGGAAGGAGUGGGUUGAGAAGAAACCCAUGAGACUUGACACGAAUGAGACACGGUCUUUAGGAAGAGAAGCAGCCCGAGCCCUGACCAACUGGAUCCUACAGGAUCAGCGGCUGGGGGAGGGGUGGUGACAUGGGGAGGGAUGGGAGAAGAUGGAGAUGUGUCUAUAAUUUGGGACCUGCCCACGGAGCAGAAGACGGAGGUGAAGCAAGGUGUAGGAGAAAGGAGGAGCAGGGAGGGAGGGAGAGGAGGCAGGGGGAGAAAGAGGAUAGAAAAGGAGGAGAGGAGGAAGAUGGAUGGGCAGGAAGGGCUGAGGCAGGGAGAGAAGAGGAAGGGUGGGGGCGAGGGGGAGAGGCAGAGCGGCUUCCUCCUCAGAGGCUGUCAUUUCCAUUGGAUUGGAAGCCGUGGAAGAGUGGGUAGGUGCUUCCAGGCCAUGGUGGCUGUGGCAGUAUUUAGGUGGCACUGCGGAGCCACCUGUGGGCCACUGAAGGAAAGUGUGAAGAAGAGAAUCAAGGACCUUGGCAGUGUAGAGGAGGGAGGGCACUAGGACAAGAGCCCCAUGCCAGCCUUGGACCUCCAGGAACCGGCCAGCAGAGACGCAGCACUGUGCAGACCCAGAAAUGAGGGUCCCCGCUUGGAUGCUGUCCUGGAUAGAGACACCAUCUGUGACACUGACACAGCCUGACACAUACAGUGGAACAUUUGGGGCUGCUUUAGGUUAGUCCAUGACCGGGUAGGUCUUGGGAUCACCUCCUCCGAGUUCCCUCUGUGUACGGAGUCAUCAGCACAUCCACGAAAGUCCAAUAGUCCCCUCCAUGUGCAAGUGUGUAUGCUAGGCUGCCCCAGAGCAAAGGCUUAGGAGACCCUAAUUACCCACCAUUCCCACCAAUGACCAAAGCUAAAACCUGGUAUAGCAAGACUCUAAGAUGGAAAGGGCUUUGUGUCCCCAAGAUGGUCAUUAUCAAAUGGCCAGGGAAUCUAGAGCCAUAAGCCGAGGAAAGCAAAGGACACGGUUCCUGGAGGGGCACAGCAUUGUCAGAUUGGUGUGAUGGCCCCGGACCUGGAGAUGGGGGAGGGUAAGGCUUGAGAACCCCCUGACUCAUUCCAAAUUAAUGAGUAAGGAGGACAAUGCUUGUUUUUUCCCGUGGAGACUUACCUGGCGUGUGUCCAGACUCUGGGCCCAAGUCACCAGUCCUAUGGGUCAUCAACUGGCAAUUGCCCCAGCAGUACAGGAAACGAGGGGGGUCAGUGUUAGAGUUGGAGUGCAGCAUAUUGCACCAGUGAUUGGGGACACCCGGACUUAGUUGUAAAAAAAGCCUAGGUUCCUGUAACUAAAGCCAAUGGGGCUAGAAGCUAUUGUUUAACCAUUAAACAUUAUCUUUUGUUGUUGUUUUGUUUUGUUUUUUGUUUUUUUUUUCAAGACAGGGUUUCUCUGUAUUGUUUUGGAGCCUGUCCUGGAACUCGCUCUGUAGACCAAGCUUGGUCUCAAACUCACAGAGAUCCCCUGCCUCUGCCUCCUGAGUGCUGGGAUUAAAGGCGUGCGCCACCACCACCCGGCCCAUUAAACAUUAUCUUAUUUGUACCCAGGCUAUAAAGCCUGACACAUCAGCUACAUGUACAGUUGUGAAAUCUAACAAACUUAAUUGGAAAAUCAAUUUGAUUAAUAUGAUCUACCAAAUAAAGAAAUUCAUUCAAUGCA